CAAUAGGAAUCCAGAAUUCUUGACUUUUCUGUGUAGCCGGACCAGUUGGAGGCUGUCGUAGGCGUGCCCGCUGCUUGUGCUUUCCUUCAGUUUGAGCAGCGUGGAGUGAAGGAGAAGUACCUGAUUCAUUCUGCGGGAAUAGCGGCUUCUAGCUUCUUCAGAAUGGACUCCUCCUUGAAUGCAGCUCAAAUUCGCCAGAAGUUCAUUGACUUUUUCUGUCGCUAUGAGCACCCGUACGUUCACUCUUCAUCCACCAUCCCCCUGGAUGACCCCACGCUGCUUUUUGCCAAUGCUGGCAUGAACCAGUUCAAGCCCAUCUUCCUCAACACUAUUGAUCCAUCACAUCCCAUGGCCAGGCUGCGUCGUGCUGCCAACACCCAGAAGUGUAUUCGUGCAGGAGGCAAACACAAUGAUCUGGACGAUGUGGGUAAAGAUGUCUACCACCACACCUUCUUUGAGAUGCUGGGCUCCUGGUCCUUUGGGGACUACUUUAAGGAAUUAGCCUGUAAGAUGGCCUUGGAGCUGCUGACUCAGGAGUUUGGUAUUGCUUUAGAGCGCCUGUAUGUCACCUACUUUGGAGGUAAUGAGGAUGCAGGCCUGGAGCCUGACCUGGAGUGCAAACAGAUCUGGAUGGACUUGGGAGAGUCAGAGACGGAGCUGAAGCCGCUGCCUAAGAAGAGCAUUGACACAGGGAUGGGUCUGGAGCGCCUUGUGUCUGUACUGCAGAACAAGAUGUCCAACUAUGACACUGACCUUUUCAUACCGUACUUUGAAGCCAUUCAGAAGGGUACGGGUGCUCGACCUUACACAGGAAAAGUAGGUGCUGAGGACGCUGAUGGUAUCGACAUGGCUUACCGUGUGCUUGCUGACCACGCCCGCACCAUCACCAUCGCCUUAUCAGAUGGCGGUCGGCCUGACAACACAGGAAGAGGCUACGUGUUAAGGAGGAUCCUGCGCCGUGCGGUCAGAUAUUCUCAUGAGAAGCUGGGCGCUCAGAGAGGCUUCUUUGCCUCUCUCGUGGAUGUAGUGGUCGAUUCCCUGGGUGAAGCAUUCCCAGAGUUGAAGAAAGACCCAGAAAUGGUGAAGGACAUUAUUAACGAGGAAGAGGCGCAGUUCCUUAAAACCCUCAGCAGAGGGCGCCGUAUCCUGGAUAGGAAGAUAAUGAGUCUGGCUGACACAAAGACAAUCCCAGGUGACACAGCAUGGUUGCUGUAUGACACAUACGGUUUCCCUCUGGACCUCACCUCCCUUAUUGCUGAGGAGAAAGGCAUGGAGGUUGACCUGGCUGGCUUCGAGGAGGAGAAGAAGGCUGCACAGUUGAAGUCCCAGGGUAAGGGCGCGGGAGAUGAGGACCACAUCAUGUUGGACAUCUACGCCAUCGAAGAGCUGAGAAACAAGCAGAUACCCGCCACAGAUGACUCUCCCAAAUACAAUUAUACCUCAGAUGAAAACGGCAACUACCAGUUCCAGCAAACCUCAGCUACAGUGCUUGCCCUCCGUCACGACCGCGCCUUCUGCGAUAAGGUGACCACGGGUCAGGAGUGCGGCGUGGUGCUGGACCAGACGUCCUUCUACGCAGAGCAGGGUGGACAGACAUUUGAUGAAGGCUACAUGCUCAGAGAGGAUGACAGUACAGAGGAUCGCAUGGAGUUCUCGGUGAAGAAUACGCAGGUUCGAGGAGGUUACGUUCUCCAUGUGGGUACAGUCUAUGGCACACUGAAAGUUGGAGACCGUGUCACCUUACACGUAGAUGAGGCUCGCCGUAGACCCAUCAUGAGCAACCACACUGCCACACACAUCUUGAACUUUGCCCUGCGUGGGGUGCUAGGGGAGGCAGACCAGAGGGGCUCCCUGGUUGCCCCCGAUCGCCUGCGCUUUGACUUCACUGCUAAAGGUGCUCUCAGCACGGAUGAGAUCCACCGGACUGAGGAGAUCGCUUGUACCAUGAUUAAAGAUGCUAAGCCUGUGUACGCAAUGGAAGCAACCCUCGCAGAAGCCAAAGCGAUUCAGGGUCUGCGCGCUGUAUUCGAUGAGACAUACCCCGACCCGGUCCGUGUCGUGUCUGUUGGCAUUCCUGUCCCAGAACUGCUGGCCGACCCCAACAGUGCUGCUGGCUCCCUCACCUCCAUCGAGUUUUGUGGUGGAACCCAUCUGCAGAACUCGGGUCACGCCGCGCCGUUCGUCAUCGUCUCAGAGGAGGCCAUCGCUAAGGGCAUCCGCCGCAUCGUUGCAGUGACAGGAACAGAGGCCCAGAAGGCUCAAAGGAAAGCCGAUGCCCUGCGCCAGUCUCUGUCUGCCCUUGGAGACAAGGUGAAGCAGCAGACAAGCCCAAACAAGGACAUACAGAAAGAGAUUGCUGACAUGACUGAGUCGAUAGGCACCGCUGUAAUCUCUCAGUGGCAAAAGGAUGAGAUGAGGGAAACCCUGAAGGGCCUGAAAAAGACCAUGGAUGACUUGGACCGCAACUACAAGGCUGACAUCCAGAAGAGGGUUCUGGAGAAGACGAAGGAGGUGAUUGAAAGCAACCCAAACCAGCCGCUGCUCAUCAUGGAGAUGGAGACUGGAGCCUCGGCAAAGGCUCUGAAUGAGUCACUGAAGCUGCUGAAGUCGCAGUCCCCUCAGACAGCUGCGAUGCUCUUCACUGUAGACCCAGAUGCUGGCAAGAUCACCUGUUUGUGUCAAGUCCCACAGGAUGUGGCUAACCGUGGCCUGAAGGCCAGCCAAUGGGUUCAGGAGCUGUGUCCCCUGCUGGACGGCAAGGGAGGCGGCAAAGACAUGUCUGCACAGGCCACGGGCAGGAACACACAGUGCCUGCAGGAGGCGCUCCAGAUGGCCAACGAGUUUGCACGGCUCAAACUGGGGGAGAACUAAGAGGCGCGAGGGUGGGGUCUGUGUGGGAGGUGCGGUUACAAACAUAUCGGGGAGUGAAGUGGAAAUUAGUCUGAAAUCUUCAAACAUCCUGUCUUCGUUUUCCUCUCCUCUUUUAGACUUAGAAAGGCUGGAAAACUAGCAAAACUCAACCACUGAUGCUCAGCCAGCAAUAAAUGAGCCACUCGUCUUUACUUUCUGCUUUGCCCUGUUAAAACUCGUCUCUCUGGGAAUAACUUGAACACAUAAGAUCCACUCAUAACUGGAGGAUGGCAGAUGAUUUCUACUUUCCUGUUUCCAACUCAUUUUUGCAUGCAGAGGAAAAGAAAAGGGACAUACAUUUGAUGUAGCCUCCUACAAGUACUGUGCAGCUCAGAUAAAUUGACAAAAAAUUCCCACCUUGGAGCACAAAGUGGGCUUUCGACAUACCACCAUCCUGCCUCCAUGUUUAGUUUCAUCUCACUGUAGUCCUGUUUGUUUAGAAACAAGCCCCCAAGGCACUUUGUCCUUCUUUUGGCUUCCUGUACCACUUGGGCUCAGGAAUAACAGUAAAGUUGACCCAGCUUGGACACAGUAUAAAUAAUGUUUAUCCUUUAUUGGCAAAAAGCAGUUUGGCUCCGUCCAUGUGUAUGACAAAAGCCUGUGUGCUCUCCUGUGAUUAGCUGGACUUGAGUUGUACAGUACAUGCAGUAGCUGUAUUAUAGUCUUCAAAUAACAAGCCAUUUUCUGACAUGUAAUAAAAUAAUGGGUUUAAUUUAGUAAAUUAAGAAUUCACUAAUUGUAAAAUGAUCACGAACAUGUCUAGUAACCAAUCUUUGCAAUUUCAUGCUGCUGACAUUUAAUAUUGAUUAAUUAAAUGCAGAAAGUUUUGUUAUUGUAUCUGCUUCCUGUCACUGAAAUGUCACGUUAUGGGAUGGAAUAAAUACAGCUGACAAAUGCCA